CUUUGGAUUUUUGUUGAUUUUUUUUUAAAAAAAAAUUUUAAUUAAUUUAUUUAUUAUUUUUUUUUGGGGGUGGGGGGGAGGAAAAGAGUUGAGAGUGUGUUGAUAUAUAUUUAGGCUAUAAAUUUCCUAGCUUGAUUAUCUGAUUGAUAGAGGAAAUACAUGGAUUUUGUCACAUGAGAUGCUUUUUGGAUGAAAAUGAUGUUUCUUCAAUUGUUAAAAACUACUGUUUUGGGUAGUUCAGAAUGAGCUUUCAUAUCAUUCUCUCAGACAUGGUGAUUGUCUUGUUGACGAAAGAAUCUUACUCAAUGCAAUUUAGGCAAGGAGCCCCUCUCUCUCUCUCUCUCUCUCUCUCUCUCGCUAUAGGGUGUUUUUAAUCAUUUGUGUUGUAAUUAUUGCCCAUUUCUUUUCUAAAAUACUCCAAUUUUUGUGGUAAAGGGAUGCCUGGCUUAAGUGUGUGUAAGAGAGAGAGAGUGGCAGUAGUAUGGUUUUUAUUGUUAAUUUGCCAGAAAUGAAAAAUUUUCAAACAAUAGAGCUACUGGCUUUAGUGUUUCUGACAAAAGUUAUGGGUUCCUCUCAACAGGUAAUUUUAAAAGGAAUAUGAGGAAUAAAUGUGGUCUACACCAGACCCUUUUCUAUAGUCACGUUCUUUUUGUUGCAGACCCAUUUCUUUCUUCUCUUGAAUCAUGGCUUUCUGGUACUGCAUAGCUGUAAGAUAACCUAUAGAGUUGGAAGACUAAAGUAACGGCUACUCUUAUAUCCCAGGACCAAAAUUGAAGGCUUUCUAGCUCCUAAUAACAGGGCUAGUAACCAUCUGCAAAUGAGCAAAGGUACUUUUAUCGAAGAAUCAACGGUUUCAGCCUUGUUUGAGUUAGCUUCAAGCAUGUACUAGAGACAAGUCACAACAAUUUAGUUCCUUUGCUGUAUUCCCUGCCCCCUUUGUCCCCCUUCAGAAGGAAAAAGAAAAUCCAGUUCAGCACGACUAUGACUGACUUUGGUUCUGAAAGAUCAAACCCAUGGAACAUAUAUACAAGUUCAGACCCAAGUCCAUCUCAAACAGGAGUGAAUCAGGAAGCUCCAUGGAAAAACUUUGGGACAUCCAUGAAUGCCAUUUCUUUUGGUUUUGUUGCAACAGCAAUCUUGAUAUCAAUGUUUCUUAUCAUGGCCAUAUUUGAACAUCUGUUCAGGCCAGGUCCUUCUUAUUCUUCACCUGCAAAUAUGGCCAAUGGUUCUCCUGAAUCCAGAGCAAUAGAGAAACUUGGCAGACAAGCAGUGACAACAUCAUAUGCAUCUGAUUUCUCAGUGUUGAUGCCAGGACAGAACUGUCCCACCUACAUUGCACAACCUGCUCCUCUCCCCUGCACGAGGGAAGGGGUUUAUUGGCCUCCCCAUGAACAUAAUUUUGUACUUCCAUAGUGUAUAUUAUACCUGCCCUGAAGCAUCACAAAGGCUCAAUGUAUAUUCACAGAAUGAUCAACUUUCAUCGAUUCAUUAGUUAUCUAAGUUUAGAUAUUGUAUCUGGAAACAUAUUCUUCCCCGGAAUUGACUAUCCUGUUAGGGUUUGGCAAACCAUGUGAGGAGUGUUAGUAAAGUCAGAUCUUUCUCCUCACGUCUA